CAUUUGCCGACCCUCUCCAGCGUACCACGCCAUCCCCCGCCACCUUCGGGAAGCCACAGCCCACACCUGUCCCCCGCCACCGCCGUGCGUCUCCGGUCUCCGGCGCCCAUCCCCAGUCCGCCAUGGCGCUCCUCCUCCCCCGCACGGCGCGGCUCGCGCUCCUCUCCGCCGGCCCGCGAGCCUACUCCUCCGCCGUCGGCGCGGCGGGAGCGGGAACAGCGGCGCCCGCGCCGUACGGCGGCGGGGCGCCCGCGCCGGCGUCGAUGCCGAAGGCCGCGGAGUUCGUGGUGUCCAAGGUGGACGACCUGAUAAACUGGGCGCGGCGGGGCUCGAUCUGGCCCAUGACGUUCGGCCUCGCCUGCUGCGCCGUGGAGAUGAUGCACGCCGGCGCCGCCCGCUACGACUUCGACCGCUUCGGCGUCAUCUUCCGCCCCUCCCCGCGCCAGUCCGACUGCAUGAUCGUCGCCGGCACGCUCACCAACAAGAUGGCGCCCGCGCUCCGCAAGGUUUAUGACCAGAUGCCAGAGCCUCGAUGGGUAAUCUCAAUGGGCAGUUGCGCCAACGGCGGUGGAUACUACCACUACUCAUAUUCCGUCGUCCGUGGGUGUGACCGGAUCGUCCCCGUGGACAUCUACGUCCCGGGAUGCCCUCCAACCGCUGAAGCUCUACUGUACGGCGUUCUCCAGUUGCAAAAGAAGAUCAACAGGCGUAAGGAUUUCCUUCACUGGUGGGAGAAGUGAGUCAACAAUUCGGACCACCUGAUUCAUGCAGUUCUUGUACAUAUCGCUCGGACUUUGUGUCCUUCCUUACUCUCUUUCUUCCUUCCUUUCUUUCUUUUCUGUUUGGUGAAAUAAGCGAAGCAUCUGCUUCGUGGUCAGCAAACAUGUGAUGGUAAUGGGUAAUUAAGUAUCUGGUGUGUCCUCUGUGGGUUCUUACCGUUCUUCACAGUUCAUGAACGUACUAGUGGUUGAACAGGUGAUGCUUAUGGUUACCCCAGUUUGUACUGGUAUUGUAUAACUGUGUAGCACAUGUGUUGGAACUGAUAUGCACUCUAUGGAAUUGUGACGAUGUA